UACUGGUGAUAAUGCUUAUGGAGAAUUUGAUGGAAUGAGGAUAUGAUUUAUACUGAAGGUUAGCCCUUCAGAAGUUAGUUUUGAUCCUUCUUCAUAAAUGCCUGAUGAAAGUCAGUUGACUGAAUAGCAAGUUGGUGGAUCGUACAGUGGUUAGUGCUGAAGUCACCACUCCAGUUUUCAUCAGUAAUAGUAGUGAAAGAAGUGAAGUAACAUGUGCUUAUUGUGAUAAAUUUAGAACAGAAUUAUAAAAGACCUUAAUUUAACUCAAAUUCAGCACAAAAAUUAUUGAUCUGCUACAUGAAGAGAUAAAAUUAAACAUGCCAAAUUGAACUGUAAGUAAAGGGGCACAUUACUUGCAUCACAACAAGAAUUCUACACAAUUGGAACCCACUAAAGGGAACUGGCUUCAUGUGCAAUCAUCACGUUGGAAAAGAGACAGUAAGCCUGAAGUACAAUAUGCUUUUCCAAUACCUACCAUCGCAAACCACUAUGAGCUACUAAAUAACUUCAACCAGCUGAUGAACACCACACUGAAUCAGAAAAUGGAAGUUAAACUGAAGACUGAAGUCAAGAAAAUUAGGACUAAGGAACAUGGAAAUAUUCGACUGCGACAGCGUAGUAAUGGAUAUGAAGAGCCACCUGAAAGUCAGCAUCCUGAACAAAAUAGAUAUUUGAAGCGUAAUUGUUACAUUAUCAGCCUGCCCACAUAUGCUGCAUUGGUGGUGCUGAUCAUUGGAUUACUGCUGUUUUGGAGUGUUUAUGCUUUACAUUACAGGCUGCCUACACCUUUGUCUCUCAAAGACAUAGAAUCUCAUCCUGAGAGGUUCAUUGCAGAAAGGGCUUUAAAUCAUUUACGCCAGUUGGCAAGCUAUGGUUCAAAGCCAGUUGGCAGCUAUGAGAAUGAGGUUCUUGCAGUUGAAUUUCUUACACGUGAAAUAAGUUUUAUCAUGCAGCAAGCAAAUCCAGAGCAGAAAAUUUCUUUUGAUAUCCAGAAAUGUGCUGGUUCAUUUUUCUUGGCAUACAAGCCAUAUGGUUGCACAAAUUAUUAUUCACAGGUUCAGAAUGUUGUUGUUAAGUUGAGCUCCAGUACAAACUCUUCAUCAAGUCUACUAAUCAACUGCCACUUUGAUUCUGCACCAACUAGCCCAGGGGCUAGUGAUGAUGGUUUAAAUUGUGCAGUAAUGUUGGAAGUUCUAGAGAUUCUUUCUCGGUCAAAGACUCCUCUCAAACAUAAUGUAAUAUUCCUAUUCAAUGGAGCUGAAGAAGGUUUGCUACAGGCUUCCCAUGGGUUUAUUACACAACAUAAAUGGGCACAUGAUGUGAAAGCCUUCAUAAAUUUGGAGGCAUGUGGUGCUGGGGGCAGGGAGGUAUUAUUCCAGGCUGGCCCCAAUCACCCAUGGCUUGUACAGAUGUAUGGAGAUUCGGUACCAUAUCCACAUGGUGUUGUUGUGGCUGAAGACCUUUUCCAGAGUGGCUUAAUCCCAUCAGAUACAGAUUUCAGAAUAUUCAGAGACUUUGGGAAGGUUCCAGGCUUAGAUUUUGCUCAUGCUAUGAAUGGCUAUGUGUAUCACACAAGUUAUGAUAAUCUUCAUGCAAUUCCUACUGGAACAAUACAGCAUACUGGAGAUAACUUGUUGGCACUUACUAAGCAUAUAGCUUCAUCAGAUGUUUUAAGCAACUCGCAGAAGCACGCAGCAGGAAGAAUCGUAUAUUUUGAUGUCUUGGGACUCUUCAUGGUCAGAUACUCAGAGAUUGCUGGCAUUAUUUUAAAUGUGUUUAUUGUUGCAUUGUCCAUAUUCACAAUUUCAAAGAACGUCUUGGCUAUCAAAUCAGUUCCAGGACUGGACCAUGCUGGAUACUUGAAGUUAUUGCUACUGGGCUGUGGAAUCCCGGCACUGGGAUGGUUCCUGGCAUUUAUAAGUGUAUUGCUAGUAGCAGUGAUCCUUGAUCUGUUCAGUAGUUCAAUGAGCUGGUUCACAAGACCAUUUCUGGUAUUCAGCCUCUACUACUGUCCUGUGCUUGUUUGCUGUAUGUUGUUUCCAGUGCUGCUUCAAAAUUGCAUGAAUGAAGAGUCUCCUUUGGUUCCUGGCCUGCAAGGAUGGUUAUAUGUGAAUGGUGUCCAGUGUCUUUGGACCAUACUGCUGUUAGCAGGAACCAUUAGUGGCAUCCGAUCAACGUUUAUAUUUAUGCUUGUUGUGUUGUUUCCCACACUCACCAGUUUCGUCCUUAGUUUCUCUCACUGGGGAAAUAAUCCACGUAUGUGGUUGACUGUGUACUUGCCCAGUACACUGCCUUCAGUUAUCUUCAUCCUAUAUCAAACAGUUAUGGCAUUUGGCGUCUUUAUACCAAUCACUGGAAGAAUAGGGCCUGUUAAAAAUCCAGAUAUCAUAAUUGGAAUUUUUGCAGCUCUUCUUUGUAUAUUGUCAACAAGUUGCAUGACACCAUUAAUCAUAUUGGUGAAGAGACCAUGGAGGGUUGUGGCAGGUGCAUCAGCACUCCACUUGCUGACUCUCCUGGCAGUAAUUCUCACACCUCUAGGAUCUCCAUACAGUGCUAACCCUUCUGCUCCAUCACCACAGAGGAUCUAUGUUUUUCAUACAGAACGAAUCUUCCAUGAUAUCUUGGGACAUGUUCAGUCUCAAGAUUCAGGAUAUUGGCUUGUGAACGUUGAUCGUCACAGUCCUGGUAGUGUCUGGUCACAAAUUCCUGAAGUUGCUGGUGCUCAGUCAGUAGGAUCUGAAUAUGAGGAGCUUGUUGGUGGUCUUCCAAUUUUCUCACCCCGUGUCCUGCAAAUUAUUGAAAACACACAUUGGAUUCCAGCUUCUGCCCCAGUGUUCCAUCAUCCAACUGAUUUGGAACUUAUAUCUGAGCAAAAUACUUCUCAGACCACAACAAGACUGGCUUUUCAAAUAAGAGGGCCAGAUCACAUGAAUAUCCUGUUAGCACCAUCUGUGAAACUUAUAAAUUGGAGCUUUGAUGCAGAAGUGACUGAAAGUGGUUAUGAGUGGCAAAACAAACCCGUUUAUUUAAUUAAUUAUGUUCAAGGCUUACCAGGGACUCCUUUUGAAUUCUGGAUUGACUUGGAGGUUACCAAAGGUCCACCUGUUGUGCGUGUGGACAUUGCAGCAAUUGGUCAUUACAUUAACAGUCAUGAAUACAUGUCAGAAGAAUUUAAGAAAUUCCUGAGGAAGUACCCUGACUGGGCACAUGUAACUGCUUGGGCCACAGCUUUCAAGGCAUGGAAGUUCUAGUUCAUAAUUUAGCAUUUCAUUAAUGAAGGUAUUCAAAGCAGUUUGAAUUUUGUUAGUUUAUAAGCACUGAAAGGGAUGAAAGUAAUACUGAUCAUAAAUAUUUGAAUGGGCUAUGUGUUGGUCAUGUACAGUUAACAAAUCAUCUUUUUUUUUAGUUUUGUCAUCAUAUGAUGUAAUUGGGUGUUAUUAACUGUUAUUUUAGCAUAAAAGUAUACAUUUUAUAUGUAUAUUCAUAUCUAGCUUUUGUUUAAUUUUUCUAUAUCUUAGGUACAAAGAACUCUUUAUGUGCUCAGAGCAGCUUCUUGUGUAUUUUAAAUGAACCUGACCUUUGUACUGACCCAUAUUUUCCCCUUCUGUGGAGGUAUUUUGUAAAUGCCUGUUGCUAAGCUGGUCUGAGCACAGAGUAAAGUCAUUUUAAUGCAACUUAUAUAUGAGCAUGUUAUUUUUUUGUUUCUACAGUCAAACAACCAGAAAAUAAAGACAGACAUACACACAUGUACAAUAUACAAGCACACUUAUGUACAGAAUAUUACACGUAACAGUCACAGCAUGGUACUUAGCAUUUACAUACUUAAUGAUUGAAGAAUUUAAAUGUUCAAUCUGCACACUCCAAAGGAAUACAGCCACCAAGCCCAAGUCAUGACAUUUACUUGAGGGAGGAGAAGAGAAGAAUUUUUCCCCCCUUGUUUUCAAGAGUGAUCUAUAAGACUAUAUUCCCUCCCCCAUCUUUGAAAUGAAAGAAGUAUGAAAAAAUAUGUUUUAUGUCAGAAUUAAAAAUAAUUUUGUGAUGACAGGGCUGGUAUGUGUUAGCUGCAGAACUGAUUUGUGAAUGCAAUGGGAUGUAGUUCUUUUUUCUUCUCUCUCUCUAAAUUAUCAUUUUAGGAAUAUCCCUAUAAUAUACAAGAAGUAUAACUAUAAUGGCAAACAUGGAGUCAUCAAAUCUUUAUGCCACUGUUCUCUUUGGUGUGCAGAUUUUUGAACAAGAAAUAUUGUGUUAUAUAUACUAUGGAAAAUAUUAAUAGUUUAAUACUUGCAGGGAUAUUGAAGUAUGUGGUAAAAACAAUGAAGCAAUAUAUGUGUGGAUAGAACAUCGUUGUGGGUACAAUACAGGGUAUAAGAAAGAGAGCAAACUCACAUUAACUCUCUGAUUUAGUCACCUGUUGAUCAGAAGAUAGAUUUAACUAUCAGGACAAAACAUAAACUUGGUGGGAGAACUGAGGUUUGGUAAUAACAUAUUCUGUCAAUACUGCACAUUCUAGCUUCACUUGAAUAUACAGAUGUGUCUGCAUGAAAUUCAAGCUUUGUUGAGCAAAGGCUGCUUCAUUUGUACACUGUUCCGACAGUCCCUGUGUUGCAGUCCUAGCAAUCAUGUAACUGGUUCUAUGGUGUGUAACAGAGUGUAUUUAGAAAUGAAAUAUAAAUGUGAAUUUUUGUCACAAAAUGUAA